CAAAACUAAAUAUAAAGUCAAUUGUUCACUAGUCAAGUAUCUAGAAGCAAUUCAGCUUAAGUAUUUUACUCAAACGUUUUCUAUACAUACUCUCUUAUCCAAUAAGUAAUGAAAAGAUAUAUUUAUAAUCACUUUGCUAGUCUGUAUAACUGUAAAAGUGUUUAUUUUAAUAUUUCCAACUAAACAUUUGUGAGUUAUUACUGAAAAUCAUCAAGAUACAAAAUACAGUACAAAUCAAGAUACUGUACAAAUUUACAAGAAUACAUGACCAAUACGACCCGGGCAUGUCAAGUACUUCAAUGACGUCAUUGGAUAAGAGAGUAUGCAUGGAAAAUGUUUGAGUAAAAUACUCAAACUGAAUUGCUUCUAGAUACUUGACUAGUUAACGAGUGAUUUUAUAUUUAGUUUUGAUUUUUAUAAGAAAUAUUUUUUUAACUUGUUGCGUAUAAGUUGGGAUUGUUUAUGUACUUGGCGUAUUGUUUUCACCUCUGUGAGAUGUUUUUUAGUGUGAUUCCAUAUCUCACGUGAUGUUACUACUGUUGUACGAGUUGUACGAGUUGUACAAGUAUAUUGUUGGUUUGCCUUAAUUUUGUAUUAACCUGUUAAUAAUAUAUUUUUCUUUUUAUUAGUUUUAUUCAGAAUACUUAUAUUUAUGUUUAUUUAUUUUACAGUUUUUAUAGUCACUAUUGUUUCACUAAACAUAAAGUUAUGACUUGUAAUUUUACUUCGCGUAUGUAUACAAAUAUGUAUUCUUUACUUGUAACUUGUUCCUUAUUGCAUAAUAUACAAGAUGAUUCAGAACAACUGUUUGUUCUUCAAAGGUCCUAUUCCUGAGUGAAGUAUAAGAUGAUUUUGCCUUUUGCAAAAUUUUGUCCGAGGCCUAAAUUUUGAAUUAUAAUAAAAAAUAACCAAUGCGGAAUACGGAACGUAAACAAGGAUAGUGCGACUCAUCGUCAGAUGCGAGCACCUGCUGUGCUAUGCCCGUUGUGAUCCGCUGAUAAGCUCAUCACUAUGCGCUAUAUAAUAAUAUUAAAUAUUUUGAUAAAUUCCAUUAAUUUUCAUAAUGAUUGCCAAUAAAACAUUGAAAUUGACAAAAUAUAAUAGUAGAGGAAAAGAUGGUAAUAUGACUCCUGCUGAUAUAUUGGCCCCCUCGCUUAUUAACUUAACUAGUAACGCCAUCUAAAAUUUGUUUAGCGUACUUUGUAAAACUUAGUGAUCGGGUUAUUGCAUGAGCCAAAUAAAUCACGAGCGUGGUACGAUACUCUUUAUACUCUUUAUAUACUUCGUAUGUAGUUAUACAACUUAUUAUAAGUAAACUUAAACGUAACGACAUAAACUGGAAUAACAAACGUAUUGUAAGGUACAACGGAAGUAAGUCUAACACACAAAAAACGCGGGAAAGCGACCAAAGCAAACAAAGUCUUACUAACUUAAAAAUAAAACUAAAUUAUACCAACAUACAUUAACGCGCAUCCGCAUUACUACAUAAUGCUUGCUUACACUAUUCAUCCUAACACUUAGAAUAGCAGUGAAAUACCCUAAAAUGUCGGUGCCUGACAAUUUAUCUGUCAUUUGUUGCGACUUGUCGGUGCACGCAACAAGUAAAAUUUUUACGUGUCGAAAAUUUUUGUCAGAACUACUAAAAAAUCGAGGUUUAGGUGACUGUGAAGUGUUUAAAUUAAAGGACAACAUCCCACCUUGAAUAUUAAAGGUAAAAUUACAAUAUUUUUGCUUAUUUUUUCUUAUUAUUGUUUUGCAAACAUGAUGCUAUUUUCCAAUGCGGCCCCCUCUUGCUGUUUGUAUCAUGACCUCGGGGGCCGUAUUGGAAACUCGGUUUGUAAAAUGUCAAAAAACUCUUUGACUGCUUCGCGGUGACUUACAAUAGAUAGAUAUUAUUAUUUUUUUAUUAAUUUAAUAAUUGGUUUUUAGAUGCCUCGCAGUAAUACAAUUUUCCAUUAAAAAAUAAGAAAAAAAUGGGAUCCGAAACAAAUGAAAGAUGCAGUUGAAGCAGUCAGAAACAAAAGUAUGGGUUACAAGAAGGUUGUGAAAAGAUUUUCUGUGCCCAGAACUACACUGAGAAGACUGGUGAAGGAUUCAGAAGAAUCUACAGACUUAGUUGUGCAAAAACCACUAGGUAGAAAGCCUAUAUUCCCACCUCUUUUAGAAAAAAAGGUGGUCGAUUAUCUUUUGUUCAUGGAAGCCAAAUAUUAUGGUUUUACACGUAGACGUUCGACGAAUCGCCUAUUAAUUAGCACUGAAAAACAAUAUUUCCAACCAAUUUAGAAAUGAAGCGGCAGGACAAGCAUGAUUGGAUUAUUUUUUAAGCAAGCAUAAGAAUGAAUUGUCACUUAGAAAACCAAUGGGUACAUCAUAUGCUCGUGUUCAAGGUUUUAACCGCGAAGCAGUUAAAGAGUUUUUUGACGUUUUACAAGCCGAGAUUGAAAAAAUAAGCUACCCUCCUGAUCAUAUAUACAAUGUGGAUGAAACUGGGCUGACAAUUGUCAAACAAAAAUACUAUACGUUGUCGGCAAGAAAGGCAAGAAACAAAUAGGAGUUUUAACUGCAGCCGAACGAGGCUCGUUAAUGACAUUGGUUUGUUGUAUGAGUGCUGCUGGAAACUUUAUACCGCCUAUGAUGAUAUUCCCCAGAAAGACUUUCUGAUAUCUUGCUCCUCCUGCCAUUGGAAAAGCCCACCCUUCUGGCUGGACACAAAAUAAUUUAUUCGCGGAUUUGUUUCAACACUUCAUUGGGAAGACAAAUCCAACAGAAGAAUCUCCAGUGCUGCUCAUACUUGAUGGACAUACAGUCAUACUCGAAAUCUGGAACUUCUAGAACUUGCCCGCGAAAAAUACGUCACCAUUGUAAGUCUUCCUCCUCACACGACGCACAAACUCCAACCUUUAGAGAGGACAUUCAUGGAUGCAUUUAAGAGUCAUUACAGUGAAGAGAUUCGCAAGUUCUUAUUGCAUUCUCAUAGGAUGCUGAAGCUUCAUGACAUAGCUGAGUUAUUUGGGCGUGCUUAUUUGAAAAGUUCAACUAGCGAGAUGGCGGUUAACGGAUUUAGAGUAACCGGAGUAUAUCUCUUCAAUCCUCAAAUUUUUACAGACGCUGAUUUCCUGGCGGAAGCACAGACAUCAAACACACAAACACCUCCAAGCACUAGAACGGCUAAUGAUCAACCGGAACUAUCUGCAGACAAUGACCAACCUACACAAGUGACAAACAUUGAACAGCCUAUAACAUUAACAAUCACUGACCAGUCUAUAUCAGAGAUAACCAUUGCUCAAUCUAGUUUAUCAACAUCAAGAAAUCAUCUUAUUUUGCCGGAAGACAUUCAGCCAAUUUCUGGGUCCAAAAGAAAGACCUCCAAUCAAGGAAGGAAGUCAAUAUCAGCAACAGUGCUCACAUCUUCUCCCUACAAAAAUCGGUUGGCACAAUCUUUAAAACGGUCAGAAAGUCGUCCCGGACGUGAUCGUCGACGCAGUCGAGGUGGGAAUAGUCGUGCCAGGGGUGGUCAGCGCAAUAAGCGCAAGAGAGAAGCUCCAUCAGCCAGUAGCUCUAAUAGUGACGAAGAAAUCAAUGACAUUAACAAAAAUUAUUCUGACUCAGACGACGACGCUUCUCUUAAAGACAAAGCAAAUAUGUCUAAAAAAAAUAUUGAUGUUAAUUGCAUCUAUUGCGAUGAGAGUUAUUCCAACGACCAAGGUGGUGAAAAGUGGGUUCAGUGCCAAAGUUGUCAAAUGUGAGCACACGAUGAGUGCGUGGGAGCAGAAAAAGAAUAUUAUAUUAUAUCUUCGAUUUCUGCCGCUAAUUGUUUUUCAUAAGGAAUUAUUGUUAUGUUGAUUCUUUUAAGUUUUUUUUAAGUUUAUAUACUGAGAAUAUUAUAAAUUUUAUUGGUUUUUGAAGAGAGUUCUUUAGUCACUAAAUGUUGAUUUUAUUUUGAGUUUAAGUAUUUUAGUUCGUACUAUGAUCCCCAUUUAUUAUGGUCCCCAGGGUGCCAUAAUACCCACACUUUAUCUCCUUUUGCCAUAGUGUUUCUGAAAAAUAUAGGUUUUUUCUAAAUCUUUUAGUAUUUCGUUUAAUCCAAAAUACAGUAUCUGUAUAACCAAUGACUUAAAGAACCCUAUGACGUGUGUUAAUUGAUUCCAAAAUGUCUUAUGACUUUUAUUACACAAAUACAAAAUGGAGGGCCACAUUACCACCUUUUCCUCUAAUAAUAGUAUACAAUAAUAGUAAUAGUAAUAGUGUAAUAUAGUAAUACAAUCUAUAUCUAUACCUAUCUAUCUAUCU